GGGCGGUGGCACAGGGUCUGGUGAAGUCAUAGAUCCUUCCGGGAAGGCGCGUCGCGACUUUUCUGCACCGCAACACAGCGCUCGCUGCCCUCAACCACCACAAUGGCGACCACCUACACCUGCAGAGCCUGCUCGCAAGCGCUAUCGGGAGCGCGCUCUACUUGGCUGCAGUCGAGCAGCAAGACGGUUCUACGCCGCGGACAGCGCAACCUCUCAACCACUGCGCCAAGCCUGUUUCUCGCAUCGCACAGCCUCAAUGCGGAUGUCAGACCUGAAGAAAUUAAGAAACCGUACCCGACGGUCAAGUCGGGCGUGUCAGGACUCGCACAGAGACUGCGCGAGAAGGCGCCGCUGAUGACAGAGCCGUACGUCGCAUAUGGCGCUACACGAGACCUGAUCAAGGAGUGCGCGCGGCCGGGCGAUUACAAGAUCCCACAGGCGCUGCAGAAGGGCGCUGAGAUCCCCACGAUCGAGAACGGCGUGCACUUGGGAGAAGGCACGGGAUGGUGGUACGAGACGCUUGGCCUCAAGCCCACGUUCGCGAACUGGACCCAGAUCACCUUCAUCCACAUGUACAUGCUGCAGGUGCGCUUCAGGAUGCUGCCGGCGACGCACGCCAGCACGUGGAUCCAGCACCUGACGAACCACGCCUUCUACACAGCUGAAGACCGGCUCGUGGUGUGGCACAAGUUCAACGCCAACACGCUGCGCCAGAAGCACCUCAAGGACAUGUUCUCGCAGUGGCGCGCCGUGCUGUUGUCGUACGACGAGGGCCUGAUGAAGGGCGACGCCAUGCUGGCGGCUGCUAUCUGGAGGAACCUCCUGGGCUCCAAGGAAGAUGUGGAUUUCCAGAAGCUGGCCCAGAUUGUGGGGUACAUGAGGAGGGAGCUGAAGAGGCUGGAGAAGGCAAGUGACGAUGAGGUUGUGAAUGGCAUGUGGACGUUCAAGGGCGACCCUGGCGACGAGGCCAGCCUGGUGAAGCAGUCGAGCAAGAUGAUGCAGGAGACGAAGGUGUGAGGUGCAGGAGACGAGGUGUGAGGUGUGAGGUGUGAGGUAUGCAGGUGGGGACGAGGUAUGAGGGACGAAGCAUAAGGGGACGAGGCAUGAAGAUGAUGGAGUUUGUAUAUCAUGAAGCACGUGUAUAUUAUGUACUCUAUUAGAUGUGCAGAGCUGAACGCCUGCUAUGUUGUAUGAAUGCCAGCGUUGACACGACUAUAAUUGCCCGCGUGGACGUGAAAUUCGUGAAAUUCAUGUUGCUAGUGUGAACAUUAUACAUGUAUGCAAUUACCAGCGUUCACAUGACAUGUAUAAU